AUGGCUACCUCUGAUGUGCACAUCAUCCCGCUCGGACGCUUUGAUACUGCUAACCCAACCAACGGUGUCAUCACAGUCAUCGGUUGGCUGGUCGACACUCCUCUUGACGAAAACAAACUAGAGCGCGCGUGGUACAAGCUGAACGCCGCGUGGCCUAUACUGUCCGCGCGAUUAAAGACCAAUCGACGUACAGGUCAAUGGGAAUUUCACGUACCCUCGCCAUCCAUCGCGGGCUCUUCAGCAUGUGCCUUCACCACGUCCGUCGUACCCGGGUCGCUCGCAUCCCACUACAACUACCCUAAACCGUCGGAGACCAUCUCUUGCGUGUCGACAGAAAUGCCGCACGAGUAUUACUCCCAUCCUUCGAGGUGCUCCGCGAAAGCGCUGUUGAACAAGGACGUCCCCGUCGCGGCUCUUCACGUCACCCGCUUCGAUGACGCCAGCAUCGUCGGUAUCUCGAUAUCGCAUGCGCUAGCAGACGGAGCAGGCACCAAGGAGGUCAUGUCCGCGCUACUUCGGAUUCUUCGUGGCGAGGAGGUGGAACCGUUGAUCACACAGGACGCGUUUGCGACGUACAAGUCGGAUAGCAACGUCCCUGCGCCCGAAGGGCUCAGGAUAUUCAGCAUGUUCCAUAUGAUCGUCGCUCUGUUCUUCGUAUUUUGGGACUGGAUUCGGAGUCCGAGGACAAGAUUCCGUCUGUUGUAUAUACCCGCGAAGGAGCUGGCGCACAUCAAGAAGCGUGCUAUGGAGGAGAUCUCAUCCGAGCGCGGCGACCAGGAUGAGAAGGGCAGUCCAUGGAUCAGUACGAGCGAUGCGGUGUUUGCGUUCCUGCUAAAGUGCGUAUUCGCUUCCGAGAAACGGUCCAGGUCUCUGAGCAUCGCGUAUAUGGCCAACAUCCGUAAACACCUCCCGUCCGUCAUCCCAUCCACAUACAUCCGCAACGCCACCAUGGUCAUCCCCGUCUCGCUUCCCUCCGCGUCGUCCAUACCGUCCACUUCCAUGGGUUCGAUCGCCCUCGCGGUGCGCCACCGUCUGCAGUCGUACAGCCGGCCCGCCGCUGUCGACCAGUACGUCCAGUGGCGUCUCGCCCACCCGCACAAGAUUCCGAUGUUCAUGGAACCCGCCGGGCUGUGGAUGGCGAUGACGAACUGGCGUGAGAUGGGCUUCAUGCACUUCGACUGGACGCCCGCCGCGGUCGAUCCUAGGGUGGAAAAGGCGAAGUGCUUGUACUUGCACGCGUUCGGGUACACGGAUUUCCAGCUGCGCAACUCAUUCUUGAUCGGGCCUGACGAUCCGUCCGGGGGGUUGUGGGUGCUGGGCAGUUUAUCCAAGGCGGUGUGGGAGGACAGGAAUGGAUUUGGGAAGUACUGGACGAGAUGA